AACUGAUGACUGUUUAAAGUUAUUGUUGUGGUCUCUUUAUCUGUUUCCCAGUUUCUCCCUCCAAAAACAAAAAUGAGCAACUUUGCUCACUCUCUCUCUUCCUUGUCCUCUCUUUCCUCUAUCACUUUCCAACCCAUCAAAAUUCCCCUAAAAUCUUCAACUUCAACUGCAACUAAAUCUUCUAAAGCAUUAACCCUGACUUGCACUACUACUUCCCAACCCAAUAAAAGACCCACAUCCAAGAACCGCAAGAAAUCAUCAUAUGGCACUUCAAGAAGGUCAGUUCUAAAGAAAACGUUUAGCCAAGAGCAGGUUAACUUCUCUUUUCCAGUCUCAGAUGACCCUCAUGUGGGAAUUAUUGGUGGAGGCAUGGCUGGUCUUGUUUGUGCUGUGAAUUUGGAAAAAAGAGGGGUCAAGUCUACUGUUUUCGACACGGGAAACCAUGGUUUGGGAGGAAGAAUGGGAACUAGAGUAAUUGAUCCUCAGCCACUAGUAUUUGAUCAUGCAGCUCAGUUCUUUACUGUGAGCGAUCCUCAGUUUGCCCAGUUAGUUGAUGGCUGGCUGGAGAAAGGUCUAAUUCGACAAUGGCAAGGUACAAUCGGAGAGCUUGAAAAGGGUGGUCAAUUCGUUCCACUGCCUUCUUCACCUCCAAAAUACAUUGGUGUCAAUGGAAUGCGCCCUCUUGCUGACUCACUACUAUCUCAGACUUCCAUGGUUGAAGUGGUGAGACCUUGCUGGAUUAGCAGACUUGAGCCUUUUAAUGGGAUGUGGCACUUGAGUGAGAACGGAAAGCCUUGUGGACAGUUUGAUGUCAUUGUAAUAGCUCAUAAUGGAAAAUGUGCAAAUCGGUUGCUUGCUUCAUCAGGAUUGCCACUAAUUGCAAGACAAAUGAAGAAGUUAGAUUUGAGCCCUAUAUGGGCUCUCCUUGCAGCAUUUGAGGAACCCCUUCCUAUUCCUAGCGGUGCAUCUCCCUUUGAAGGAGCCUUUGUGAAAGGAGUUGAUUCUAUCUCGUGGAUGGGAAACAAUUCUAUGAAGCUAUUCUCUCAGAGCAAUGGUCCUCACUGUUGGACCUUUUUCAGCACUGCGGCUUUUGGAAAGAGGAACAAGGUUCCACAGGAAAAUAUCCCAAAUUCAACGGCAGAGAAGGUGAAGGCAGCCAUGCUAGAGGGUGUUGAAGUUGCACUGGGACUUGCAGAAGGGUCACUUAAACUGCCAUUUUAUAGUCGAGUCCAAUUAUGGGGUGCAGCACUUCCAAGGAAUAGUCCAGGAGUAGCAUGCAUAUUUGAUCCGAAUGGAAGGGCUGGCAUAUGUGGUGAUUGGUUGUUAGGUUCAAAUUUGGAGUCUGCGGCCUUAAGCGGCAUGGCUCUCGCUAAUCAUAUUGGUGAUUACAUAGAAAGCGGAGGAGCUGGUGGGGAGGAAUUUGGGAUGGGUCUGCACGCUGACUUCCAUACACUUGAAGGACAUCAUGAUAUUGGCCAAUUUUCAGACUUCAUAUUGGAGGCUCACCCAUAUCACUUAGCCACAUAAAUACAUUAUCAUUUUUAAGGAACAUAAUAAUUACUACUUUUGACAAACUCAAGUAAUAGUUGUUUCUUUUUGUAUGUAUUUUCUACUUUUUUAUACAUAUAAAAGGGAUAAGUAAAAAAAAGUUAUUAUUAUUUUAUUUA